AUGCCUGUGGGAAGCCUGCAAGCAGAUCUGUUGCCCUUCCAGGGUCUGGUGACCUUUGAGGAGGUGGCCGUGUAUUUCACGGAGGAGGAAUGGGCCCUGCUGGAUCCCGGCCAAAGAGCUCUGCACAGGGAAGUCAUGGCGGAGAAUUAUGAGACGGUGGCCUCUCUCGAGUCGGACCUCCAUUCGUGUUGGGAAGAAAGAGAAGAUGCCUUUAUCCUGGAUCCCAAAGAAGAGGCGACAUCAACAGCAGGUGAUGGGCAGAAGAAUGAGAAUACUAGAGAACCGCAGAUGGUGCCACUGGUAAUAGCCAAGACUGAGAGUCAGAAAGAGAUGUUUGGAAAUCAUGGGGGACCAAAAACAUCUGAAAUAAAGCAGGCAAAGAAUGAGAGCAAGAAAUCCUCUACUUCUCAUACUUUUCAUGCCAGAACACACACUGGAGAAAAACCAUUUAAAUCCAUGGAGUGUGGAAAGAGCUUCAGUGUAAGCGGUAACCUUAAAAUACAUCACAGAACCUACACAGGGAACAAGCCAUUUAAAUGCAGGGAGUGUGGAAAGAGCUUUAGUCAGAGCAGUAACCUUACAUUACAUGAAAGAACCCACACAGGGGAGAAACCAUUUAAAUGCAGGGAGUGUAGAAAGAGCUCCAGUGUAAAAAAUAGCCUUACUUUCCAUCACAGAACGCACAUAGGGGAGCAACCAUUUAAAGGCAGGCAAUGUGGAAAGAGCUUCAGUGGAAGUGGUAACCUUAAAUUACACCACAGAACCCACACAGGGAACAAGUCAUUUAAAUGCAAGGAGUGUGGAAAGAGCUUCAGUCGGAAUGAUCACCUUACAUUACAUGAAAGAAACCUCCCAUCUAGGGAGACAAUUGGACCCUUGCAUGAUAAGGGAGUCAAAGGUGUACUAAAGAACGAUUUCACAGGCGAGAAACCAUUUAAAUGGAAGGAGUGUGGAAAGAGGUUGAGUCAAAAUUGUCACCUUACAUUACAUGAAAGAACACAAACAGGGGAGAAAAUAUUGAAAUGCAGGGAGUGUGGAAAGAGCUUCAGUCAUAGCAGUAAGCUUACUUUACAUGAAAGCACCCACACAGGGGAGAAACCAUUUAAAUACAGAGAGUGUGGAAAGAGCUUCAAUCAUAGUAGUAACCUUAAAGUACAUGAAAGAACCCACAUAGGCGAGAAACCAUUUAAAUGCAGGGAGUGUGGAAAGAGCUUCAGUCGGAGCAGUGACCUUACUUCGCAUCAAAGAACCCACACAGGGGAGAAACCAUUUAAAUGCAGAGAGUGUGGAAAGAGCUUCAGUCAGAGUGGUAACCUUAACGUACAUGAAAGAACCUACAUAGGCGAGAAACCAUUUAAAUGCAGGGAGUGUGGAAAGAGCUUCAGUCGGAGCAGUCACCUUACUUUGCAUCAAAGAACCCAUACAGGGGAGAAACCAUUUAAGUGCAGGGAGUGUGGAAAGAGCUUCAAUGUAAGCGGUCGCCUUAAAUUACAUCACAGAACACACACAGGCGAGAAACCCUUUAAAUGCAUGGAGUGUGGACAGAGCUUUAGUCAGAGAAGUAAGCUUACUUCACAUCAAAGAACCCACAUGAGAGAAACCAUUUAAAUACAAGAAGUGUUGAAAGAGCUUCAGUCAAAAUCAUCAACUUACUUUAAAUAAAAGAACACACACAGGGGAGAAGCCAUUUAAAUGCAAGGGGUGUGGAAAGAGCUUCAGUCAGAGUAGUACGCUUACAGUACAUGAAAGAACCCACACAGGGGAGAAACCAUUUAAAUGCAGGGUGUGGAAACCGCUUCAGUGUAAGCAGUCACCUUAUUUUACAUCACAGAACACACACAGGUGAGAAACCAUUUAAAUGCAAGGAGUGUGGAAAGAGGUUCAGUCAGAGCAGUAGCCUUACCUUACAUCAAAGAACACACUAUGGAAUAACUUUUUUAAUGCAUGGAGUGUGGAAAGCUUCAAUGUAAGCAAUAGGUUUACAUUACACCAGAGAAGAUACACAGGAGAAACAAUUUAAAUGCAGGGAGUAUGGAAAGAACUUCAAUGGGAGCCUCUCUUCAUCUUGCAGGCUACAUAGAUUAAAGCCCUAUACAGGUUGGGGCCAGGAUGCUUAAAAAAUUAUCUCACCUAUUAUAUAUGCAGCCCAUCACUGAAAUCUGCAGAGGAUGGCCUCUUACGCAUACCAUCUCAUUAGGAAGUCCACUCUGUAUGAUAGAGAAACCUGGCCUUUUGUGUGGUGGCAUCUACUUUUUUGAACUUCCUCCUGUUACAUAUCAGACAGGUGUUUUUU